AUAAGAAUAAACCAACCAUGACGAGAAAGCCAAGCGGGCAGCAGACUGGCACAGCAGCUCAGGACCUCACCCACUGUGUACAGAAACCAAGCUGGAGCCUGAAACAAGAUCCAGGCUCCAGCAAAAUGGACUAUUUCCAAGUAUUUCAAAAGCUUCAAACAGCUGUGGUAAGGAAGAAAACUCUCACAGUCUGUGACAAGACAGACAGAGACAGACACGAAAGCAAGUUCUCUUGUGAAACAGAAAAGGAAUUGAGUCUUUGACAGAGCCCAGAGGGCACGGAUGGUCCCGGCUCGGCACGCUCAGCAGUCUCCCUCGGCUAAACCAUGUUUGCAGAAAAUCUUCCUUCAAGGUCUUUGACAGGACUUACCCACCCAGAAGACUCCCAAGAAGCUAACACAGUUGUGAGUCAUGUUUCGGGGGUUCAGGAAAAUGCGGGCUGUGUCCCAGUGGAGAACAGCAACAGCUUCCCUUCCUCCAGUGACUUGCCAGCAAAUCCAGCUUCGCUGCAGAACCACCUGGCGAAUCUAAAGACGAUGAUGUCCAGGCAGAAGGCAGAGUACGAAUCUAAAAUUGCAAGCCUGGAGCAGAGGAACAGAGCGCUGCAGUUUGAGAUUAAGGAUAUGCACUCAAAACUGGGACAGCAGCAAAAGGAGAGUGGAAGCAGAUUAAGCGCAGAUACAAGUGAAUCAGAAAAUGCCAUCUUACCCCACAAGGUUCAUGGAAUGAAGCAGCUCUGUCCCGUUCACUGCACGAAGGUCACUGUGGCAGUCCUGACGACCGUUGCUCAUCGUGCUGACUAACCAGUUCUGCGCAUUGUCUAGUCUCCAAAAGUCCAUCACUGAACCAUAACUGGUUUCUUUGUCUUCCUACCUUCACAGGGCGCAGUUCUUGAAUAUGACCUCUAUACACUUACUCAAGUUCUUUUCCUUGCAUCUUCCUUCUACACUGCCCUUCACUUUGCAUCUUUUGGGACUUCAUUACUAUGAAAAACACCCUGCUUCUCCUGAAGUUUCACUUUUCUCAAAAAUUACGUGCAUCUUCUUCUCAACUCUUUCUCUUCUUACCUUUCUGACCCUGCCCUGCCAAUAUCAAGAGUUUCCAAUAAAUAUAAAGG